AUGAGCAAGAGUAAGGGCAAAGGCUCCUCCGACAACGUCAUGGUUAUGGUCCGUGUGCGCCCUUUUAAUAAGAGGGAAGAACAGGAGGGUGCGACGGAAAUCAUCGAAAUGGACAAGACCCUCUGCACGGUGACCCUGCACAAGCCUGUGGAAAAGGGCGCGGGUUCUGCGACCAGCGAAUGCCUACCAUCUAAAAAGGUAUUUACCUACGACGCCGUCUAUCCAAGCAACUCCACACAGGUUGAGGUCUUUGAUGAAUCUGUUCGUGAGAUGAUAGACGGAUGUCUUGAAGGGUAUAAUGCUACUGUGUUUGCCUAUGGACAGACAGGGUCGGGCAAGACACACACAAUGAUGGGUCAGAAAGACAAUCCAGGCAUGAUCCCCCUUGCCUUUCAGCGCAUCUUCGAUUUCAUAGCACAAGCCAAGGAUGAUCAGUUUCUGGUGCGAGCUAGUUUUGUUGAAAUUUAUAAUGAGGACCUUAAAGAUCUACUUACUGGUGCUACGCAUCUUCAGCUUAAAGAGGAUCCUGUUAAGGGGGUGUUUAUCAAAGAUCUCUCCGAACACCCCGUUUCAGAUGAGCGUCAUAUUGACAAACUUAUACAAAAGGGAAAUGAAAGCAGGGCUGUAGCAGCAACCCUUAUGAAUGCCACUAGCUCCAGAUCGCACAGCAUCUUUCAGGUGGUGCUUGAACGCAUGACAGUAAUUGAUGGGAGAGAAUGUAUUCGCGUUGGCAAGCUUAACCUUGUCGACCUUGCUGGGUCUGAACGGCAAGAGAAGACGGGAGCGACCGGCGACCGUCUAAAAGAAGCUGCCAAAAUCAAUCUGAGCUUGACAACCCUUGGAUGUGUCAUUUCAAAGUUAGUGGAAGGAUCUAAGCACAUUCCAUAUCGCGACUCCAAGCUCACUAGGCUGCUCCAGGACUCCUUGGGUGGGAAUAGCAAGACUCUAAUGGUCGUGGCCGUUAGCCCUGCUUCAACUAACUACGAUGAGACCAUGUCAACCCUCCGGUAUGCUGAUCGUGCCAAGCAAAUCAAGAAUAAGCCACGAAUCAAUGAAGACCCGAAGGAUGCGCAGAUUAGGGAAAUGCGCAACUAUGUAACCAAGCUCGAGGCCCAGCUUGCAGAAAUUAUGCAACAAGCAAAUGCAGGAAGCGGAAGCGAGGUAGAAGAUAAAGAAGCAUAUGACGGCGAGGGAAACAUGGGUGCAGGGUUUACGGGCUAUACAGCGGAUGAAAUGGCCAAUGUGCAGUCAUUGCGGAAGAAUCUUGACAAGACAAAAAAGAAAAGGGUCAAGUACGUUGAGCAGAGAAAGGAGAACGAAGAAGCUGUUUCUGCCGAGGAGCUUGCAACCCUUGAGGAGGAGCAGAAGAAGUUGGAAGAGCAAAUUAAGGAAAGCGAGCGCAAAGCCAAAGAACGGCAGCUUAUGGCUAAGAAGAUAGCAGCACUCAUAGAGGCUAACAAAUCUAAGAUGGUUGACAAGAAGGUUCUCGAAAACGAGGAAAGGCUUAAAGAUGCGGCGAUCCGCGAGGCCCGCAACGCGCUUGUCGCCCAAAAGAAAGAAGCAGAGAGGCUCAAGAAAGAGUUGAUAGAGGCAGAGCAACAAAGGAAACAGCUUGAGGAGCAAUGCACGACUGCAUUGGAUCAGGCUCAGCAGCUGGAGCUACGCUUGAAUGAAUACAAAGAGCAGCUGGCUGAGCGCAGAGAAGAACUUCAUAAUGUAGAGGCAGACCAGGCAAAGGAGCGAGAGAUAAUACGGAACGACUAUGCAGACCAGAUCAAGCUCUGUGAGCUUCGUCAGUUCAUUGUUUCAAUGUUUGUUCCAGAGGAAUAUCAGAGGUCGAUCGAGAGCAUUGCUAGCUGGGACGAAGAUAAUCAAGCAUGGCACUUCAGAACCCAAAAGUCACACCGUGGCAUGGCUGGUUUCGGUUGA